GAGGUCUCCGCGCCGAACAACUCCGUGGUGGACGCCAACGAUGCCAACAGCGCGCCGAAGAGGACUGUUGACAAGAUGGACAACAUCUACGGUAUGACUCAGUACUACCAGAUGAAAGGCCUCCUGGUGAAGACCGUCGGGGCUGCAAUGGUCUUGGAGGCGCAGAAGAAGUCCGUGAAGCGGAACGCCCUGAUAGACCGGGUCCUGAAGCAGGACCUGCCCGAACGCAUGAGAGAGCUUCAGGAGAAGAAGUCCGUGGUGCACAUCCCGUGGUACUACGAGCGCGCCCUGAGGCGGAUGCAGUAGCGCGGCGUCCAUGGCGGGGCGACCCGCGCGGGCAUAUCCGCGGCAGCGCCGGCUCGCAGUGCCCCGCGCGGGCCGCGCAGCCGUCGCUGCGGCCCGCCCGCGCGCCCCGAGCUGUGUGGGCGGCGCGCCCCGCGGGCGGCCUCGGCGGCCCGCGCUCCUGGCGGCCCCCGUUUCCCAGCGCGCAGCGCUCUGUGCGCUGCGCGCCCUUCCCCUUCGACGGGACAGCUCUGCCGAGGUGGCGUCCGUCCGUGCAGGCGUCCUCGCGGCCCCCGUUUCGCAGACUCAGACCCUGCUGGGUGACAGGCCAGACCUGACC